UAUAAAAAAUAUAUAUGAAAAUAUUCUCUAAUCAAUAUUAUAUACUAAAUGAGUCCUUUAAGUUUAUUGCAUGAAGAGUUAAAGAAAAAACUAAAUGAUUGUAAAUGUUUGCAAAAAAUUCAAGAUGAAGAAUUCAAAUGUCAGCUUUCAACACAAACCAAACAAGUUAAUGAUAUGACUUCAAAGUGUUUUUCAAGUUUUCUUGAAACUUCUAAAAAAGUAAUAUCACUAUAUGAUACAAAUAAUGAAUCUUCUCAGUUUUUUUUUCAAUAUCCUCUUGAUGACCUUUUUGCAGAAGAAGAGAAAUUCACUUCUGCUCUUGCGGAGUACACUAAAAAACAGUUUUUCCAGGGCAUCAGUGAUAUAGCAGAAACUAAAGAUACUUCUCAGUAUGGUUUAUUGGAUCUCAGUAAUCCAGACACUCAAAUUUUAAAAGGAGAGAGUCAAGAGGAGAAAAUGAAACAUCGUAAUGAACUACUCCGUCUCCAGUCACAGUACAUGCAAAGUGAAAUGAAACGUCUUCAGUCUGAAGUUAAUUUUCAUGGUGUAAAAAAAGCUCUUGAAACUGCAGAAGAACAAUUAAAAAUGCUGACUUCAGACUCAUUCAAUAUUGAUGAAAUAGAUUUUGACAAAGAAAUAAGUUUAUUAACUGCUGAAUUAAAAUCAAAGAAAGAAUCACGUGACAACAUGAUCAAUGGUGAAAUUAAAACAAUAUUACUUGAACUUGAACAACUUUAUUCAACUAAAAUUAUAGAUGGAAACUGUGAUCUGAAGAUUGCUCGUCAAAAGUAUUUUUUAGAAAAAUUAGAUGAGGUCAUUAAACAUUUGACACAACAGAGUUCUAGACAGCAUUGUCUUUCAUUGAUGUAUGAAUUAGAACUUAAAGAACACCGAAAUACAUAUUAUCUACUUGCUUCUGUAAAAACUCUUCUUAGUAAUGAAAUCAAAUCAAUGGAAUCUAGAAUUAAAUUGUUAAAUGAACCAUAUUUCAAAGAUAUACCAAAAAAUAAUGAAACAAUUUUAUCUAAUGAUACAUUUGCUAAUAGACUCUACGAUGCUAUAGUACCUCCCGGCGACAAAGUAGUUUUAUACAAAACUUAUCAAGAUAUAGCUGAUCAUGCAAAACAAGCAGUGCCACUGGAAAGUUAUGAUGAACUCAAACAACUAAAGGAUUUACAAACAGCAUUGAAGAACGUAGAGCACUUUUUGCAAAAUAAUUACCUGAAAGAAGGAGAACAGAUUUCUUCUUUAACAACCAAUAUUGAAGAAAAUCUCUCACAUUCAGAGCUACAAGUUAAUGAAAUAAUAAAAGACAUUGUUUAUAAAAGAAAGAUUCUUUCGAUGGAUCCGUAUAAAAAUAUGGAAAGAGAUUUGUUUCCAUACUUCUUUAAUAAUCCAGCCUUACUAAAGCAAUGCUUUAAUGAAGUGAAUUUGUCGGAAAAUUCUUUAAUAUAAUUAAAAUUUCUAAAAAAGUGAUGUCUCAUUAAA